CAGCCAAAAGAAAUGACUGCGAAAGGACAAGCCGGUUCGUUGGCAGUUGCAUAACCGACUUUAUAGCGUCAAAUGUCAGGAGGAGCACCAGCGGAGCGUGCAAGUGUGCCACUGUCUGUGCUGAGGAAGGUGGAUGACGCUGGGCUUUGACCGGGCUCUGAACGAGCCACCGCCCUGCUGAGAUGAAGAGACUGCCGCCCUGGGGGGACUCGGACCCCCUAGGGGCCCAGAACAAGGAGGACUCCAGGGAGCAGGAGGACCUCUCGCUCAACAAGCCCUCCUGGACCCUGGUGGACACCAUGAACUACGUGGGCCAGCUGGCCGGGCAGGUGCUGGUGACGGUGAAGGAGCUCUACAAGGGCAUCAACCAGGCCACGCUGUCGGGCUGCAUCGACGUGGUGGUGGUACGCCAGCGGGACGGCAGCUACCAGUGCUCCCCCUUCCACGUCCGCUUCGGCAAGCUGGGCGUGCUGCGCUCCAAGGAGAAAGUGAUCGACAUCGAGAUCAAUGGGGAGCCGGUGGAGCUGCAGAUGAAGCUGGGCGACAACGGAGAGGCCUUCUUCGUCCAGGAGACCGUGGAGCAGAAUGAGAUCGUCCCAGCCCACCUGGCCACCUCGCCCAUCCCCACGGAGGAGCAGGUGUUCUGGGGCCGCGAGCUGGGGCCGGCCCCGGGCCUGGAGGGCGCGUCGGUGAAGAAGAAGAAGAGGAGGAAGAAGAAGCACAAAGCGGACCCCCGCAGGGAGGAGCAGACCCCCGCAGGCGGAGGGAGCGAGGAGAUCUUCGAGAUGGAGAUGAGUUCUGACGAGGACCGCGCAGCACACGCCAGGGCGUCCUCGUUCACGGCGGUGAAGGAGACUGAAUACACACAGCACCCCAUCCUCCACUCCCUGGACAGCUACCCUCUAUCAGACGGAGACUGGUCUCCCUCAGACAGCCGAAUCUUGUCAGAGCCCUUCUCUCCAAAGAGCGAUUCAGAGCUGCUGGUGAAGCCCUCCGAGGCCCUGCUUAGGAAUGAGUCACACAUGCAGUGGACCUGGGGCGAGUUCCCAGAAUCCACCUGGGUGGCCAAGAGGGAGAAGCCGGAGCUGCCGAAGACGGUGACCAUCACUCCGACGGAGAGCACGCACUUCCGCGUCAUCCUCACCUCCGAGGCCAUGGAGACAGACGGGCAGCAGGCCGCGCCGGACCCAGUCUGCGCCAUCGUCAAACCGGAGCCCCGCUCUCCCCUGUCCCCGGUGCCUCCCCCGCCCCCUCCACCCCCCCCGCCCCCCGUGUCUCCUCAGACCCCCGCCUCGCCCCUCACCCCCCUGCCAGCCUCCAUGGUCACCUCCACCCCCACCGACCCGGCCCCCGCCGCCACCCCAUCCAUCGCUGUCGCACAACUCCUCGUGGACAUAGGCAACGAGCUCCCCAUAUCCGGCUCCAAGACCGACUCCCCGUCCAAGAAGAAAGGUGUUCAGAAGAGGAGUCAGCACCAGGGCCCAGAAGAUAUCUACCUUGAUGAUCUCACUCAACUUGAACCUGAAGUUGUUGCACGCUACUUUCCGAAGAGUGAGACGGAUCAUGUUCCCAAACACUGGAUGGAGACGGACCUGCGCUCCGGGUCCCAGUCCCCGCAGUCCGUGGGCAGUGCGGCGGCCGACAGCGGCACCGAGUGCCUGUCAGACUCUGCCAGCGACCUGCCCGACGUCACCCUGUCCCUCUGUGGCGGCCUGAGUGAAAACUCGGACAUCUCCAAAGAAAAGUUCAUGCAGCAUAUCAUCACAUAUCAUGAAUUUGCUGAAAAUCCAGCCAUGAUCGACAAUCCCAAUUUGGUUGUAAAGAUUGGCAAUAGGUAUUACAACUGGACACUGGCCGCACCUCUUAUACUGAGUUUGCAAGCGUUUCAGAAGAACCUGCCCAAGACCACGGAGGAGGCCUGGGUGAAGGAGAAAAUGCCAAAGAAGUCCGGCCGCUGGUGGUUCUGGAGGAAGAGAGCCGACAGCACGGUCAAACAGUCAGAGACCAAGCUGGAGACACAGGAGUCACUCAUCGAAGGCCCCUCGCUCCCCCAGGAGAACCCCGCCCAUCAGCCUGGUGAGGACUCCUCCAGUGAUGAGGAGUCAAAGGAGAUCAGUGCUGCUGCUCUGACUGAGGGCCUGAAUCAAACCACCACUCAUUCCUAUAAGAAAUCUCUGCGCCUCUCCUCUGACCAGAUCGCCAGUCUGAGGCUGAAGGAGGGCCCAAACGACGUGUUGUUCAGCAUCACCACACAGUACCAGGGCACCUGCCGCUGUGAGGGCACCAUCUACCUGUGGAACUGGGACGACAGAGUCAUCAUCUCCGACAUCGACGGCACCAUCACCAAGUCUGACGUAUUCGGACAGAUUCUCCCUCAGCUCGGUAAAGACUGGACCCACCAAGGCAUUGCAAAGCUCUACCACUCAGUGCAUGAGAACGGGUACAAGUUCCUGUACUGCUCGGCCCGAGCCAUCGGCAUGGCGGACAUGACCCGGGGCUACCUGCACUGGGUGAACGACAGGGGCACCAUCCUGCCCCGAGGGCCCCUCAUGCUGUCUCCCAGCAGCCUCUUCUCUGCCAUUCACAGGGAGGUCAUCGAGAAAAAGCCAGAGGUCUUCAAGAUCGAAUGCCUUACCGAUAUCAAGAACUUGUUCCAGCCGAACCAACAACCGUUCUACGCUGCCUUCGGAAACCGACCUAACGAUGUGUUUGCCUACAAGCAAGUGGGUGUGCCAGUGUGCAGAAUAUUUACAGUCAACCCUAAAGGCGAGCUAAUACAAGAGCAAUCCAAAGGAAACAAGACCUCGUAUAGUCGGCUGAGCGAGCUGGUGGAGCAUGUCUUCCCCCUGCUGUGCAAGCAGCAGAGCUCAGCCUUCACCUUCCCUGAGUUCAGCUCUUUCUGCUACUGGAGGCAGCCCAUCCCCGAGGUGUGCCUGGAGGACCUGCUGUAGGACCUGCCGUAGGACCUGCCGUAGGACCUGCUGUAGGGGCCUGCGGUAGGGGCCUGCUGUAGGGGCCUGUGGUAGGGGCCUGCUGUAGGGGCCUGCGGUAGGGGCCUGCUGUAGGGGCCUGCGGUAGGGGCCUGUGGUAGGGGCCUGCUGUAGGGGCCUGCUGUAGGGGCCUGUGGUAGGGGCCUGCUUUAGGGGCCUGCCAUAGGGGCCUGCUGUAGGGGCCUGCUGUAGGGGUCUGCCGUAGGGGCCUGCUGUAGGACCUGCUGUAGGGGCCUGCCAUAGGACCUGCUGUAGGGGCCUGCUGUAGGACCUGCUGUAGGGGCCUGCUGUAGGGGCCUGCCGUAGGGGCCUGCCGUAGGGGCCUGCCGUAGGGGCCUGCCGUAGGGGCCUGCUGUAGGGGCCUGC